AAUUAUUUUAAGGGUCGUAUUAAUGUUAUUUUUACAAAUUUUUCUCCCAUUUAUUCUUUAUUAUACUCUUAACAAUUAUAUACCAGAAAUAUGGGCAUUGCUCAUAUCAGGUAUCCCACCACUUGCUAUGGCUAUAUACGGACUUAUAAGUAAAAGGCGUGUUGACAUUAUAGGAAUAUUAAUAAUAAUAAGUUUUCUUAGCAGCGCUAUAGCGUCAGUGAUAAAUAACGAUCCAAAGAUUCAGUUAUUACGAAAAUCUGUGGUUUCGUCUAUCAUUAGUUUAGCAUUUAUCAUUAGUUUAAUUCCAAUAAAAAUUGGUACCUUUAAAAUGCGACCAUUUGCAUUCCAUUUACUUAAAGAAAUGGCAACAGGUGGAACCCUCGGUUAUUCAAGUUCAAAAGUUAACCUUCGAGGUUUAACGGAAGAUGAACCAAUUGAUGUACGUUGGGAUAGAUAUUGGGCUUCUUACCAAUAUUUUCGACGUGGAUUUACCAUUAUGACAGCCAUAUGGGGAUUUGGGUUACUUUCUACGGUUCCAAUUCGUAUUAUUAUUGUUUUCAAAGUAUCAUCAGUUGAGAAAUCAUUUCUUUAUAUAAACGUAUUACAAUAUAUUUGGAUGUUUAUGAUAGCAAUAUUAACUCUUAUUUGCGCUUGGUGGAUGAAGAGACAAGGUGAUAAAAUAGCUAUUGAUUCUAAUUCUGAUAAACCUCUAGAAUAAUCCAUUUUUAUAAAUACAAAAAUAUAGAAAAUCUAAAAUAUAAUUUAUUUAUUUCAUGUGUAUUUUUUCUUACAAUUAACUUCAUUUUAUUGCUAAAUGUAUAUUAUAACGAUGUAAAAUAGGGUCAAUCUCAUUCAUUGUAAUAAUAUUGACAAUUAAUUAAUUUACUUAAAUGAAAAUAUAAUUUAAGUGAAUUACACGCUUAAUUUCACCUAAAAAUUUUACAUUAAAAAUUCGCACAUACUUUAUUCAAAGUC